AGGACCGUGCCCGGGUCUCCCCCGCUCGCCGCCAGCCGAGCCGGGGGGCCGCGGGGUUUUAACCGUGUGCGGGGCGGAUUCGCCACUUUUUCCAGGGGAGGCCCGCGGUUAAAAGUUUUCUGCGGAGGUCACUAUCACAUGACAAAGGCUUUGGGACAGCUUCAUCUUCGUCUGUCUGUAAUUUCCAUUUGCCUUCCUGGGCAUCAACUAACUACAUUUUACAAAUAUUUCAGAACCAGUGCUACCUGCCCCCGUUUUGCAGAUUGCAGAGUAGACCCAGGGAUGUUCAGGUCACAGUAAUGAAAGGCAGUAGUAGGAAUAAGGAUCACUCGACAGAAGGAGAAGGAACUGGGAAGCGACCAAAAAGGAAGUGUCUUCAGUGGCAUCCCCUGCUUGCCAAGAAACUCCUUGACUUCUCUGAAGAGGAAGAAGAGGAAGAAGAAGAGGAAGAUAUUGAUAAGGUGCCGCUCCUUGGCCCUGAUGGUUUAGAGCAGGAUGCUGAUGAGACUGAAGAUGACGAGUCCUCAGAGCAACGAGCUCGCCGACCAAUGAAUGCAUUUCUCUUGUUCUGCAAGCGCCACCGCUCUCUUGUGAGAAAAGAACACCCUCGCCUCGAUAAUCGUGGCGCAACCAAGAUCUUGGCAGAUUGGUGGUCUGUUCUAGAUCCAAAAGAAAAACAGAAAUACACUGACAUGGCCAAGGAGUACAAGGAUGCAUUUAUGAAAGCAAACCCAGGGUACAAGUGGUGCCCCACAACCAACAAACCUGUGAAAACCCAGGCAUCCAGUGUUACAAACAGGAAAAAGUUAUGGGCCAUUGCAUCAGAUUCUGCAAAAGACUUACCGAGCCCAAGGAAAGUAACCAAAAGUGAAGAAAUGCCACAGCUUAACUUUGCGAUGGCAGAUCCUACACAAAUGGGAGGCCUAAGUAUGCUGCUUCUAGCAGGGGAACAUGCGCUUACUGCACAAGAGGUUUCCUCCAGUACCUGCCAGUCUGAUGCAACUAAUUCUACAGAAGCCUGUCAGAAGUCAUCGUUGUUCCAGUUUGCAGAGAUCUCUUCAAACACAUCACAGCCUGGAGUCCCGGGGGCAGUAAAACAAACGGAGGAGUCUGCAUUGUUUCAGUUUGCUGAGAUCUCAUCAAAUACUUCCCAGUUGCCAAGUCCCGAGCCAGUAAAGCACUGUGGGAAGUCGGCACUCUUCCAGUUGGCAGAGAUUUCUUCAAGUACAUCCCAUUCAGGGCCUUCUGAUUUAACAAAACAGUGUGGAACAUCAGCAUUAUUUCAGCUGGCAGAGAUGUGCCUUGCUUCAGAAGGAGUAAAUGUGAAGGAACCUGGGAAAACAAAAGUGGAAGCACUGGAAGAUCUGGGAGGGGAAGUUUCAGAGGAAAUGGAAGUAGAACUGGAGAAAACAACAGUAAAAGACUCCUGUAAAGGAAAAGUAGAACAAUCAGAGAUAGAGAAAAUUAAAAACCGGGAUGAAACAAAAACUGAGGAAUCAGAAACUGCAAAAUGCAGAGAUUUUACUAGUCUUGCAAUGGAAAACAGUCCUUUUGACAGAAAGGAUAAUAGAAAGGAUCACAUGUGCUGUUCUCCCGAACUUUUCCUGGGUGACAUGAAUAUCCUUGGGCUAAAGCCGGAAAAAAUAAAGAAGAAAAAGAAAAAAUAUAAGUUGGACCGGCACAUGAAUGAAAAAUCCACCCCCAAGAAAUCUUGUAAAAAAAGGCAGUCCUCCGAGUCGGACAUUGAAAGUGUGAUGUACACAAUUGAAGCUGUUGCGAAGGGGGACUGGGGAGCUGAGAGACUCACGGAUACUCCCCGCAAAAAAAACCGCCCUGUCUCAAGUGUGAAGGGAAGCAUGUUGGAUACAAAAUCACCAAAGAAAAAAGUGAAAUCGAAAGAGAAGAAAACAUCAAAGGAGAAACCGAUGGAGACCACCAAAGAAUCAAAGCCUCCCGAUUUCCUUAGUAUUGCAGCCAGCAAGGAGGUACCAUGUGAGGCUUCUGAUAACAUUAAAAUGGAACCACUGACCCCAACGGAGGAGGUGGUACCCCAAAGCUUACCAGAACAGGUCAAAACUGAGGACAGUGACUGUGUUAAAAAGAUAGAAACCUGUGGCUCCAGGAAGUCAGAGAGAUCUUGCAAAGGUGCUCUUUAUAAAACUCUGGUGUCAGAGGGCAUGCUCACAUCUCUGCGCGCUAAUGUGGACAGAGGAAAAAGAAGCUCAGGAAAAGGCAACUCCUCAGAUCAUGAAGGAUGCUGGAAUGAAGAAAUCUGGGCCUUUUCCCCAAGUGGGACAAGUGGGAACAAAAAGCUGAAAAAGACUAAGCCAAAGGAAGAAUUUGUUUUUGGCUUAGCAAAAUUGGAAGAAGAAUUUGCAAAGAAAUUCAACAGCCUCCCUCAAUACAGUCCUAUUACCUUUGACAGGAGAAACUCAGCUGUUCCGAGGAAAAAGCGAAAGGUUGGAAGCGGCUCAUGUGAACUACCAAAAUCCAACAAAGCCAUACUAUUAGAAGACAGAAAUUCCAGUGAGUCUGCCUGGAAGAAUAAAAUUUCUAUAUCUGCCCUAAACACUCCAGAGCCAGCAAUGAUGCAUGAGCCUUUAGUUGGCAGCCAGAAAAGGAAAGCGAGGAAAACUAAGAUCACACAUCUUGUCCGAACAGCAGAUGGUCGAGUGUCACCAGCAGGAGGGACACUGGAGGAGAAGCCAAAAGAGCUGCCACAAAGUACUCUUCAAAAAACAUCAAGUGCAGAAACAGGUUGCAACAGUGAAUGCUCCAGAAAUGCAGAGACAGAAGAGAAUCAUAGUAUUACAUCGGAUAUGCCAGCGGUGUCUGCAUUUUUUAGCUUAGCUGCUCUGGCAGAAGUAGCAGCCAUGGAAAAUGUACACAGAAGUCAGAGGGCCACACCUCUCCCACAUGAUGGACAGCCAAAUGAAAUGUCUCAGGCUCCAGUGCUUAUUUCCUGCGCUGACCAGUGAAGCUCCACUUUAUUGUAAAACAUUGUGCUUUACCUAAUAUCCUAGCCUUGUCUUUACCAAGGGAAGCUAGUCAGUCCAUAUGAUGGAACUAGAGACUGCAAUAAAGUGCUUAUUGCUCUGAGUGGCCCAGAAUUCACUGGAAGCCAGACGUUAGCUACUUGGGCCAGGUCCUCAAAUCGGAACCCAGUAUGUAGGAGGGUGAUGUUAAUUGUCUAUUAAUGAACAGAAGUGGAGUGGAAUGAUCCCAGAGCUUGCUUUCUAUUGAAGGCUUUUAAACAGUAAAUAGAUGGUUGGUGUGAAAAAGGCUGCCUUUACUGUUAGCUCACACAGCAUCUCUUUUACCAACCAGAGAGUACGGCAACUAGUUUCAUAUAAUACCUAGUUACUCUAAAUGAAAAUGGAAAAAAAGAAGAAAAAAAAAAAACAACAACAAAAACACUGACGCACUGCACUAGUUAUUAUUAGAUAUUCUUAGUCAUUUUUGUACAUGAAGAUUUAAGUUCUAAGAUGGUUUAUAUUAAUAGGGUAUGCCUACGUUUAUAUUGUAGAGUGAAUUUAAAACCUGUUCCAGAGAACUCAAGGCAGCCUGGACAGAUGUACCAUUGUUAGCGGUGUUUGGGCAGCCAUGUGGUCCAGAUGUUCUGCACUUUUAUAUUUGCCACCAGAGUGGUAGAGUUUACUGGGAAAAAUUCUGACAGGCUAUGUUUGGGUUUGUUUCUUUUUAUUUUAGCUUUGAAUAACCAGGAUGAUGUGCAUUAGAAAAAGGAGUGGUGUAUGGAAAAGAAAAUACUGCAGAUAAUUGACUUGUCUUUCAUGCCUUGGAGGGUUCCUUUAUUUUUGCAUAGAUACCUGAGCGACUUGGUGAAACUUUCCUGUAAACAAAAAGUACUGCAAAUGCGUUUUUCAAAAGUGACCUUAGUAUUAUUUCACCGUUCUGAAAAACCUAAAACCAUGACUUUUCGGUAUACGUGUACAUCAAUACACAUACAUGUUAACAUUUUACAGACACUGGCAUUGUCGUAGUUACUAUGCACAGUCCAGAUCAGCUUCAGAGUUUGCAUAAAGGGCCAAUUACAGUUCGUGUUGGUAAAGUGGCAAGUUGUAUACAGAUAAACUACAACCGAAGAAUAGCGUUUGACUGAAUUCAGACUACCAAACAGAUCCAUCUGCCAGUUUCUGUCUUUGCUUGUGUUGAAUUUUUGUGUUUUGCUCUCAUAAAUACAUCCCAAAAGCAGGCCAAAUGUAUCACUUGGCCUGUUACCUUCACUAUCUUGACUUACACUAUUGUAUAACCAAGCAUUGAUUCCUACCAAUAGAUGCAAAACGAUCACUAGUAAUUGAUCUAAAGCUACAAAUUCAACAGGGUACUUCUUCUAUAGCACAAGAUGUUUCCCUACUUUUUGCAUUGUAGCACAACAAUUUACCAAAUUGGACUCCAGCAAUAAUUUUCUAUUAGUCUUCGUCAUACCGGCUGAACUUUUGAUAGUAUUAGAUUGCGUUUGAAGUUCUUUGAAUUAAGUCUUUAAAUGAUGCGAGUUUACAUCAUUCUAUCAGGCAUUCUUAUUUAUACUUGACUGAAUUGAUAAUGUGUUUUGGGGUUAUUUUGUAACUAAUUUGAUGUAAUAGCCAUAUGGACCGUAACUCUAUUAGUGCUUGCUAGGUUUAGCCUUUCAUUGUUGUAGUUAAGUGAAAGUCUCUGGUUCAGUGUCAGGAAACAAUAUACAAUGUACCACAUGAGUUUUAAGAAAGGAUUAAAGGUCUGACAAAAGGCAGGUAGCUGGGGAAGUGUCACUGAAACAGCACCAUCGAGGAUGCAUGUGUGGAAAGAAGGGAACAACAGAAGAACAACAAAAUUUACAAGCCAAUGAGUCGGUGAAAAGGUUUUUUUAAAAAAUUCAGGUAAAUAAGAGCCCCUAGAAUGCCAUUGCAGCCUAUGGCGGUAUUUGAAAUAAGAUUUUAUUAAAGUUUUAUAAGUUAUUUUAACAAGACAGGAAAAACUUAAAAGACCUAAAACUUGUGGGUCACAGCAGGGUGGCUGUUGGAGUUUUGGACCACUUUAUAAUCAGCUGAAAUCCAAAUAUGUUACAGUGCAGGCCGUUCACGUUGACAAUGGUACUAACUUAUUUCUCUAGAAACCUUUAGAGUAGAUAUAUUUUUGUCAAAGCACCCCAUCCUUCCUCGAUUUAAAUUUCAAUAUUGUUCCUGGAGAUAUUUCUGUAUAUUAAUGGUACCUUUUUUAAAAGAAACAGAAAAUUACUUUUUUCUAUAUAAAUUAAUAUCUUACUUGAUCUGCUUUUCCUUGACUUUCCCUUAGAGAGGGGGUAGGGUUGGGUCAGUUUACUGGAUAUGACUGUUUUCAGAUACUUAUAAACCUUUUUGUAGAUAUGCUUAAUUUUUAAGCGAUUAGGCACUGAGAGUAGCAGAAAUCCUGCAAAGCUUUAUAGUUCACUAGGCAUUUGCCUUUGUUGGUUCUCUGAGUGAUGUCUUGAUUUGAGUAGCUAGAAUUUUCCCUGAAUCUACUAGAAGGAGUAUCAGUAUUUUCAGGUAACAAAGUCUGUUAGCACAACAAAAAUUUCAGACCAAUAUCUUACUGUAUUGGGGUUGGGUUUUUUCCUUGUUUGUUUUGUUUUAAUUUUUAUUAAUUUCAGCUGCUUUCAUUUUGGAAAAAUCUUAUUGCUAUUGUGUGUACUUCAGUAUACCAGCAAACACUGUUACCUGUUAAAACCUUGUCCACAAAUGCCUCUAGAGAAGAAAUUGUUGCACCUUAUGUAUAUCUCAAGCAAACCAAAAUAUGAUGCUUUUCUGCUUUGUUUAUUCUGAAUAUGUUGUAUCAUACUUUACUGAACCCAUUUUAACUUAGCUAAAGCUAUCAAUAUUUAUGCAUUUCACAUUAUUUUCUGGAUCUGAACCUGUGUAUAAAUCUUUCUUUAAAAAAAAAAAAAGACAAGCAUUUACUGUAGUUGUCCUCUGUGACUUAUCCAUGGGAGGGGGGAAUCUUGUCUCAAGUGUAAAAUGCAGUACUGUCCCAGUUUUCCUUGGCUUUUAUUUAUUUAGUCAUCUUCGAUAUUUCGUAUGUAGUUUUGAGGUAAACAAAAUACAUUCUCGUAGCUGAAGCUACAGAUCUAAGCAGCUGGGAGAAAAUUACUGUAAUGUCUUCUUAAUUGUUCUAGUACUGUAUACAAAUAUGGGAAAAACGUUCUGCACAACAUUUGAGAUGCAGAUUCUUAUCCCCACAGUAGGCUAUUUUCCACGUAUUAGACCAAAUCAAUCAAAACUCCAUGAUAUUAUAGGUCUUUUCCGACUAAACGAUUCUAAAAUAAUCUAUGGAGAUUACUUAGUGCUCUGCUUAUGGCAGUAACUACCCCUUGAAUGUGCUGUGAUUUCAGAAAGGAAUAUAUUUAUUUAAGAUGACUGAAUGCUCUUUUAUACUAAUACAAUAUCCCAAAGUCAUGAGCAGGAGACUUCUUGGUAGUUUGGGUUUCUAUUUUAUAGCAUUGUUGCAUGACUUUUGAAAUUUAAGUGAUAAGCAUUGUUCGAAAGGGGCACAGGAACAAGGGACUGGUAGAAGUGUGUGAAUUUGUGGUGUUUAAAUUUCAGCUUUGGUCUUUAUUAUUUGGGUGAAAGCUGCCUCUGUAGCACAAGGCUGAGAAGAGCAUUCUGCAGUUUGUAUCAAGUAGAGUUGUAACUCACAUCAGAACAAGGGAAUGCCUUAUAGUUUGGAUGCUGUCUUUUGCAAUGGGAUAAUAAAUUGAAGCAGUUUUAAUUUCCACUGCCUGUUUAGCUACUGUACAGAUACUGAGCAGACUGAAGGCAACAGUUAUAGACUUGUGACAGCUGAGAGAGCAUGAAAGGAAAGCUGGCCUUUAUUCUCAGUAUGGCAACAAAGGGGAAUUAGAAAAAAGAUAGAUGUGUAUUUAUACGUGUGUGUGUGUGUGUGUGUAUGUGUGUGUGUGUGUGUGCCUGCCUGGGUGUGUACAUUCUGCAAAAAAAAAUAAUGUAGGAAAACCAGAAACAUGAUGGGUCUACAAGACACUAUAAUGUAUGUCGACCCUUUUGAGUGCACUCCCUUUUUUUUGAAUGCUGAGUCUAAUAUGGCUACCUCUCCUAAAAGACUACUUUCAUUAACUUCCAUUUGCUUUCAUGCUCGUAUCAUGUAAUGUUUUUGGCCAUUGAUACCAUUUGUAUAUCGCUGUGUGCUUUAUUUUCCAAGAGCAGUUUUUAUAUAGUGCAGAAAACGUAAAGGCUGAAUAUACGGUGGUAGCCAAACUGUGUUGCUGGAGUGUUUUUGUUUAACUUCUGCCAUAGUCAUAUGGGGGUUGCAGGACAUGGGCCCACUAGCUCUCCUUGGUUCAGUGAGAUCAGAUUUUGUAACAGCAGCAAAUGCAGUGAUCAUGGGUUGGUGGACUUCUGAUGUUUCCAGAGGUGACAGAGUAAGCCAAGUGCCUGCUCUUGAAACUUAUUCUGGAGUUUACGUUUGCAAUUCUGAUUUCACAAGGAAACGUGACUGUGCAACUUACAUUAUCCAUUAGAUGCUGUUUGUUUGCCGUGCUUGUUUGAUAGAUUGUAGAGCUCCUAGGUGUCUUUGCCAUGUUUUGUAAUACUCGUGGCAUUCUACUUACCUUGUACAUAUUAUGGAACUGUCAACUAGAGCUGCCAGGAUGCUGAGGCAUUUCAGGACACUGAGUGCCAUGAAUGAGUCCAUUUAGGCUGUGAAAGAGUUACUUGCCUCCUCCCCUGAAUUUCCCAGUAAAAAAGGCACAGUGAGGUUUAUGCUCUCACGUAAGUACUAUUAUAGUCAUUUAUAUACUCAGUAUUUUCUACUGAAUUGACAGCUUUGAAGAAGCUUAUGAGAUGGAUGUAUAUUUGAUGUUCCCCCACUAAUUCUUUUAAGGCAGAAAUCUAGGAACACUUGAGAUGAGAUCUCCACUCAGCAACACACCUAAGCUUAGGCUGAAAACCCUCCUUACUUAAGGGGCAGCAUUGUUGGUGCUGUGACAGUGCAGGAGCCCCGAUCAUGGACCACUACGCUUUUGGAGUUGAGCUUGGGCUUGCGUGAUGUUCCUGGGGGAGGCACGUCAUUGUGACCUAGGGCCUUCAUUCGGAUGGAAUUUUUAAAAUGACUGCAAAUAGCUUAACAUUUUUUGAGUUCUUCCAAAGAAUUCCGUUGUAGUUUCUGGGUCUUGACUGUUAGUACAUACCAGCAGACCCGCACUGUACUCUACUGGAAAAACCACACCUGUUCAGGUUUUAACUAACCAGGAUUCCGAAUGUAAUGGUCUAGUCUACUCUUUUCACCUCCACAACAGAAACUGUGUUUUCCCCUACAUACUGCUACACUUUAAUCAGUGGUUGGGUCUUUGAAGGUGACAAAAGCUAGAGAGGCAUAUAUGUACAUGUGUCUGCACGUGUAUGUGUAGAUACAUGUGUGGGGGUGCAGUGACUUGCAGUAUGUACUCUGUACAAAAGUGUUGCCGUGUUAGGUCAUAAAACAAAUUUAGGUUUCUCAGAUGAUAGUUUUCCAACUUUCUUGCUAGAUUUUGGUCUCUUUCCUACACCUUACACCAUAAGGUGUGAGUUUCAAAAAUCAUACUCAAAAAAACCACAGAUCCUGCUAACCUGGAUGUUAUGAAAACUUUCUUUUCCAGCAGUGCUUGCUUUUAAUAAUCAGAAUCUGUUGACAGUUUUAACACAACUGAUUUGCCAUGAUUUUUCUUCUUAGAGCCCAGUCCUUCAACUUUUAUUCUCACAUGUAUUUCCAGUGAAUUUUGACCUAGUAUUUGGCUUUAUUCUCUCCAAAGUUUGGUGUAAACUUGCCUUACAAUAGUUCAUCUCCAUCAAUGGUAUAUAACAGAGCUACUGCCUUCUUAGUUGUGUGUAGAUAAGUCAAUGAGCACAUUUAUAGAAUGUCAUACUUUCUUCAAAAACCUCUAAUUUGAUAUUUUUAAGUGCACAUGUUAAGUCAUGUGUAUAACAUGCUAAAGUACAUUAAACUGUGAUAAUGCAACUGAAUAAAAUAUUUAAUAAAAUAUUUGAAAUAUUUGAUAAGGACCUUUAAAUAGAUUUCUUUAUGUUCAUUCUAUUUUGGUUACCUAGCGUAUGCCUGUAAACAGUUUCCCGUUUAAAACUAAUGAUUGCAAAUAAAUACUAUUCAAAUGGA